AAAUGAAAUCUUGACAUCAACUGUCCAGCAUUUAGGCUUCGCCAGUAUACUGAUAUCCUGGAAAAGAACGUGAGCCAAGGAUAAGGCAAAAGAAAUGGAAAUGUUGCAGCUGGAAAUCCUACUGGGAUUGCUGCUGCUGGUGCUAGCGCUGCUCUCAAUCCACCGCUUCUCGCGAGGUGGAGGACGCGAUGGAGGAUUGCCACUGAUUGGCCACACGGUGGAAGUUCUAGCCAAUUACCACCGGAUCUUCGACUUGCUCCUGGAGAAAUUCCAGAGCCAGGGCACGAGCACCGUGCCACUGUGGAUUCCUGGCCAGUCCUACGUCUUCACGGUGGAUCCAGCCAAUGUAGAGUACAUUCUCAAGACAAGAUUCCAGAACUUCCCAAAGGGCGAGCGCUUCCGGGAGAAAUUCCAGCCUCUGCUGGGCGCCGGGAUCUUCAACGCCGAUGGCGCGGCGUGGAAGAGCCAGCGCAAGACGGCCAGCUUCGAGUUCGCGUCCAGGGUUUUGCGGGAGUGGAGCGGCAGCGUGUUCCGGGAUCACGCGCUGGAGCUCGCCCGGAUUGUGCGUGCCGCGGCAUCCAACAAGACCUCCCUGGAAAUGCAGGAUCUCUUCCUGCGAAUGACGCUCGACACGAUUUGUAACCUGGGAUUUGGCGUACACCUCGGCCUCCUCUCCUCGACGCUCCCGCACAACGAUUUCGCGGCCGCUUUCGACCGAUGCAACGCCAUAGUCUCCUUUCGCUUUGCGGAUCCUUUCUGGAAGCUCAAGAGGCUGCUGCGAAUCGGCGAGGAGGGGGAUCUCCCGAAGAACCUGGCCACGGUCGACGAAUUCACGUACAAUAUCAUUCGCAAGAGGAGGAUCCAGCUCUCCAAAGAGAACGAGGAUCUUCGCGCUCGCAAGAAAGAUCUUCUUUCGCGAUUCAUGCUACUGGACGAGAGUUCCUCCGACGCUUAUCUCCGCGACAUUGUCCUCAACUUCGUCAUCGCUGGGAGGGACACCACCGCCGCGACGCUCUCGUAUUUCAUCUACAUGGUUGCCUCUCACCCCGAUUGCCAGGCCAGGCUCCAUUCGGAGCUUCUCGACUUUGAUCACUCCAGCCGGCAACACGAACACCAUGACGAUGACCCAAGCUCCAUGGAAAGUUUUGCAAAGCUCCUCACGCUCGAGGCGCUGGCCAAGCUCCCCUACCUCCACGCCGCAGUAAACGAGACCCUGCGCCUCUAUCCAUCCGUGCCACUGAACUUUAAAGGCGUCGCCAGCGACGACGUUCUUCCGGAUGGCACGCGCGUCCGAAGAGGUGAGAUCGUGUCUUACGUGCCAUACUGCAUGGGCCGGAUGGAAUCACUGUGGGGGCCCGAUGCCGCGGACUUCCGCCCGGAGAGAUGGCGCGCCGUCGAUGGAUCCGACUGGGAUUUCAACUCGUCACCUUUCAAGUUCACAGCAUUCCAGGCAGGGCCUCGCGUUUGCCUUGGCAAAGACAGCGCUUAUCUCCAGAUAAAGAUCACCGCGGCGCUUCUCUGUCGCUUCUUUGAGUUUCGUCUCGUUCCCAACCAGAAUCUCCACUACCGCGUGAUGGCUACGAUUUCUCUGGCUUCUGGCAUUAAAGUCGUGCCACUGAGAAGGUGACGGGAUAAUGACUAGAAACAAAAAUGGGUAAAGACCGGAGUGGCCGAUCUUUGUCGCCAUCUUCGAUUCAACUAAACAUUGUAAGGAGCUGCUCAUAUUGAGAACACACAGCUCUCUUGAUUUUAAAGUUGAAGCCUAUGCA